UUCAACUUUGAUUAGCAAAAUCAAAUGAAUAUUCAAUACACGGUGACGGUUGCUGCUAGUACUAAACCUAACUAUAAAAAACUGUAUUCUUGUUAAUCCAAUUUAUCUCAUACGAUAUACUCAAAUAAAAAGUACCAAAAUUAUUUAGUUUCCACACGGAUGCGAUUUACGACUGGUAUUGAGAAUGAAAAUCGUUGAAUGACUUUCACCGGAUACAUCGAUAAUUUGAUUAUAUGAAACAAAGGUAGCAAACUAUUCCUUAUUAAGUGUUUAUUCCUAUGUAUCUUCUAUUCCUGUAUACGUUAGUUAAUAACAUAACUGUGUGUUGUACUGUGUGGUUCGUUUAAGUGACAAAGUAAUCGCGUCGGCUCCCACAGGCCACUCGACACUAUUAUCCCAUCCGUGAUUACGUUGCGCCGGGAGCAGCCAGCUCGGGUUAGUCGCCGCGGGGACUCCAAAGCGGUAAAUACGGAGUCGCAAAUUCUGCUCCAAAUAAUUUAUCGUCACGAUUUCGAUUUGAAGAUGGUGCAGCAAGAUUUAACUUAGGUCUACGGCCUAUGGGGGGAAUGGCUCACUGGAGCUCAUUGGUGUGAGUUCUGAGUGAGAUAGGUGACUGGGUUAGUGUAGUGUUGUGAAGUGUCUAGUCAUUAGUGAGUGAGGCCCAGGCCGGAAUGCCCUCCGUGAUGUUGUCGGCAGUGCUUGAAGAGGAGGCUGAUUUGUAUGAAGCUUUUCCUCCUCAUGUUGACCCAUCAGGGAUCACAAUUUUAACGGAUAGUCCUCCAGGCAAGAAAGCACCCCUCAAGACAUACGAAGAGAUCCAACCGCUCAUCCAACAGAGCCGCAAACGAGACCUCAAGCUCAUCAUUAGAGAGAACUCCUGGCCCAUCAACAGCCCUCUCCGGGCCUCUCUAUGGCCAGCCCUCUGCCGACAACAUCAACAUGGAAAAUCCAUGCUCGACGGCUUCUAUUGGGAUAUGGUUACGCAGGUGUUCGGAACCGUGGAGCUCCCGGACAAGCCGAUCAUGUUGCCGCCUUUUGUGGAGGCGACACACUGUCUCGGCUACCACCUGACUCGCAAAGGCAGAGCGGUUGCUGAUCGCGUGGUAUCUGUUCUUGGCUACGCCUGCCCCGACAUCACCUACAGCCCCAGCCUUUACCCCAUCACCGCAGCACUGUUACACUUUAUGCCUGAGGAAGAAUGCUACCACUGCAUGGCGAGCUUGGUCGCAUCGAAGGAGAAGAUGUUCAUCACUCAGACGAAACUGCUGAAUGAGGUCACAUGGAAAACUGUCAUGCAAAUCGCUAAGAAACAUGCCAAGUCGGCCGCGCAACAUCUCUUAAGGCUGUCGGGCGCCAUCGGGCCGGAAAGGAUCUAUGCAGACUGGCAGUGGUGGAUACUGGCAGCACUGCCUUUUCCUCAUCUCGUCAGAGUGCUGGAUUGCUUCUUCCAUGAGGGGCUGAAGGUGUUCUACAGAGUCGCACUAGCGAUCUUGAUACUCUUCCACAAACACAGCACCAAUCAAAACUCGGAAUGGUAUGCUGAAGCGACGAAGAAUGGCGUAGACCACGCCAUCGAUAAAUUUUGUAGGAACAUGCCAGCCUCUCCUACCAAGCUUUUGCGUACUGCUUUUAGUAUUAGGGCGCUGAGUUCGCAGUACAUAUCCAGGGUGUUUAUCAAGACGGAAAUGACGCUCAAGUCGAAGCAGGUCAUCACGGGAAAUCGGCUCGUCCGGUCACGGUCAUCUGAUAAUCUUCCCACCAGUCAAUCACAGGUCAAUAUCCAGAUGAUGUCGCACACUCUAACUAUACGCGAGAAAAUGUCUGAGGAAACGUGCAAACAGAUGAGUCCAAGGUCCUCUCACCUGGCCCUGUGGUUCCCAUUCCCUAAUGCGGUGUUCAGCGAUCAGCAGCAGCAUUCUUCAGACCUCAGACAGAAGCUAUUCACACUGUGGUCAUGGCUGCCUGUCCGUAUAACGAUGUACCAGCCUGUGCUGUUAUACACCACUGAGGAGCAUGGUUGUUCACUGACCACUUUCUAUGUGAGGGUUGAACAUCAUGAACCAACACUGCUGAUGAUCAAGACAUGUAACAACGAGGUAUUUGGUGCGUACUGCUCGACGAGAUGGUUCGAGAGAAAUCAGAAGGACGAAAGAGGAAACAGACAGGCCUACUUUGGCACUGGAGAGACUUUCCUAUUCAGUUUGCAUCCAGUCCGUGCUAAAUAUCCGUGGGUCGGUUGUGCGGCAGACAACAAAGAUGGUGACUCGAAGACCACACACGCCAGCUCGCUUUUCAUGGCCGCUGAUAAUUCUAUGAUUACUAUUGGUGGGGGAGACGGUCAAGCUAUAUGGAUGGAUGAAAACAUCCGAUACGGCAAGACGGACCGCUGCUCUACCUUCAACAACCCUCCACUCUGCCCCUCGGGCGACUUCGAGAUCCGCGUCUUGGAAGUGUACGGCUUUGCGGGAGCGUAAGAACAACAGUCCUGAAGGAGUAAUGUAAUCUCGAUUAUUCAUUGAGUGAUAGUGUUUGUUAAUUCGAUGUACUUUUUGGCAAUGCCGGCCGAGGUCGUCAAUAGAUUUCGCGUCUGUUUGACAUUUUGAGCGUCAUUUCAGUAUUGGAUCGGCUCGAUGUGCGAUUUAUUGAACACCCCUUGCCGCCUAACAGACUGUGUAGAUGUAUUCCUAUUUAUUGUACCCCGUAGUUAUCGCAACACAGCUGUCCGAACGAGACAACGAAUGGGGACUCUAGGUUGUUUCUUUAGACGUAUGUAAGUACAAAUGGAUGUAUCGUACCUACUCGGAUGUAUUACGCUUAUUGUAAAGCAAUAUUUGUUGGGCCUAGUCGUGGGAUUGUGAACUGUGAACAUUCCAGUGAAAAUAAGGUCCACUAAAGCAUAUUUACCGCGUGGUUUAAUUGGCAACGACAGUAUUUAAUAAAUUAUCGCUUAAGGCUUUUUAGGCGUGACUCUUUGCUCACAAAAUGUACCAAAGAUGUUUAUUGUUGUCUGUUAGCGAAUGUUUUGAGACAAAUUUCUAACAUUGAUUCACGCACAAAUCACUGUAUUCGGUCAAACAUAUCGUUGAAGCUUGUAGAUUUUAUCAAUAUAUAAUGGCAUAGAUAAGCAUUCGCAUAACAGACUCGGGACUAAUGUAAAAGAAAUGCGAUUUAAUAAGUAUUAUGGUUUCUGGUUAAAUCAACACUUUAAAGUAGUUCUUUAUAAUAGUUCCAAAUUCAUUGAAAGUAUUAUUGAGUCUGUGGUGGUGAGAAAAGUGCCAAAAACGGACCAUCAGAAUAACGUGGCUGGUUUGGUAUUGUCGCUAUUCGCAUGUUUUACACGUGAAGUGUAAUAUUAAAUUUAAAAUAAAUUUUGACAUAUAGCUGAGUGUAUUUUCGUCAAAGGUUCGCCGAAAUUUUUCCAGUUUUAUAAUAUUACUUAAUGUAAUUAAAAAUGUUAGAGGACAAAAUAUAAAUUCUAUUACAUAUCCCUGUCAGUACAAAGGGGUUGCGUUCAUAUGGCCCGCGGCUUGUCUACGAAUCUGUAAAUAUUGUUUCUUAUUAUUUUUUAUUUAUUAUGAUCUAUAAAAUGGCAGUCGUAAUAAAGACGGUAGAGUAGGAGAGCCGGGUGUUGCCAUGCCUCGGGCGUGUUUGAAGCCUAAGACUUGUUUUUAAAUUCAGAUUAUUUAUGUAAUUUAUUGUAGGUAACGAUUAAUUGUAUAUUAAUUUCUGCCUUUGCGAAACGUGAUCGGUCACAGUUCGCGUCAGGGAAAUUAUUGUUUCGCUCAAUUGUUUGAGUUUACGGCGACAUUGUUUGCCGUGGAGGCGCGGUUUAUUGCUGUUAGCUAUUUGUCGUUAAUCAGUGUAAAGUCUAGUCUUUAUCCUGUUUUUAUUCUAUAUCGAUAUGUCUAUUUACGAAUUGAUAUUUAAAAUUGUGCGUUUUGCUCCUUUCUGGAGGCUCGUAGGCUCGUGGUUAGUUAGAUUAAGUACACGUAAAGUAUAAAGUUAUUCGUUCUCCCUUUCAGUAUUGUGAUGUUGAAUGUUCGAGCUGAGUGAAUGUUAGUGCGCUGUUACGAAUUACGUACUGUUACAUUCGAAUAGUUUAUACUCCGCUAAAUGGCGACGGUAGAACUCGUUUAUUGUAAUGUGAAUGUUGCUUUAUGUCUACAAAAUAUAUAAUCCCAUACAUA